GAUUUCUUCAGUGGUAUGAGUGCGAGAGUUCCGAAUAGAAUAGUUACUGUUUACAAAUGGCGGCCCACAGAUGACAGUAAUGCGGAUAAAUACGCAUAUAAGGACACAUAGUGUUUAAGCUGUUGCUUAUUCGACAAAUAAGCAUAAACAAGAAAAAGGAUACCAUCCACUAUUGUACCAUAUAUCAGUAAUUAUGUCGAUGAGGACCAAGAUAAAUGGCUAUACUGCCUGGGUAAACCUGCGGUUGAUGCCUUAUGACCACUUACUGAACAAUGCUCUGAUGGACUUACUAACAGGAACACACAUGAAGUUCCUCCUUGAAAGCAUCACUGGCAGGGACAUAAAGCGACUGGAGAGUUUUGAUGACCUUUCCCAACAGCAGAAACAGACAAGGGUGGAGUGGGUGGUGGAUGAACUGAAGACAUGUCAGGUUUUACCAGAUGAUGUUGCUGUUGACUCAAGACUGUUUGCUAUGAGGAGUGCAGAUCACGUGUUUGAUUUACUGUGGCGAUUGAUAAGCCAUGAUAUCUGGUUUGUAUGGGAGAGGGCAGAAUACCUACAACACGAAGACUUGGAUGUACUCACACAGAUUCCAUUCAAAUGGACACCAGAACCACCUCCCAAAAAGAAGAAAAGUAAAAAACCCAAGAAGUCAUUACUGUCGGGGUUUGGAUCUGGUUCAGCAGCUGGAGAGGAUAGUGGUACUUUAGACUCCAUCGAUCUGAGUACAUGUACUCCAUCACCAAUACAUGACCUUAUGUCAGAUGAUGUUAUGGAGGAUUGGGUUAAAUUCCCGAAUGCUGAGUGGGUGAAAAACUUCAAGAAGAAGAAAAGGGAAUAUGGAAACUACCCCAGUCCUGAUGAAUGUAUCUUGGAAAUGGUGAACUAUCAACUCAGGACCACAAGAGAUGGGAGAAAUCUGGCCUGCCAUACAAUAGAUGACUUUGUUGACAGUAGAGUGUUAUGUGCUCUUGUCAACUCUUUUGUACCAAACACAUUCACCACCGACCUCCUCCUCAAUGACAGAUGGACGAUAAACCUUGCACUGCGCACUGCAGAAAAAAUGUUUUAUGCCGAAACACCUUUUGACUCGGAGGAUUUAGUCGAGGCUGAUCCAACAGCAGUGUGUUCCUAUUUCUGCUUUUUCCUGAUGAUGGCAUACAAGUACCGUCAGUGUAAAGCUGCCGUUAGUCGUGUGGACUACAUCAGUAUGUUGAUCCGAGAAUGUAACCAUGAGAUUAGUAAGUUCCCUGCCAUUGUGUCCAACAUGCAGGAGCUUCAGCGACGGAAGGAGGUGAAGACCGAGAUUGAACAACACAAACAAGCUCUGGACAAGUUCAAUAACAGAUUUGAUAUCCCCUACUGUAAGAAGUGGCUAAACCAUGUAGAAUAUGUACAGAAUGAGGUGAGGAGACAAAUCCGAGAGAAGAUGAAGAGUCGGUUUGACAUGAUUACUGCCCCAAGGAACAUCACAGUUAACGACAUGUGUCUGUCCUGUGUUAUCAAUCUGACACUGACAAAUGGUUCUGGGUUUUACCUAGCAAGUAAUAAGGAAGUUUUGGGUGAUGGAAGGAAGGUUGUACUGAGAGCGAAAGAGACUGGGGACUUUAUUGACGACUUUAGUACCGGACGCUCCCGAGGACCGACUGUGAGAGAGAUUUUAAAAGUAGCUGAUGCCGGAGUGGUAGAGCUUUACCCUGACAACUAUCCAGGGAUUGAGAUCUUUGUGGAGGCUCAGAGUCGGAACAAGCUUCUCAAGGCUGGUACUGUGUUCCUGUAUCAGGUCUUCCCUGGAAACACUACCACCUGGCAGAGGCUCUUCAUCAAGUCAGCUAGGGAGAAUGAAUUUGAAACUGUCCAAAAGAUGAUUGUAUUCUUCCAGAGUAAUCCAUCCUUCAUCAACGCUAAGGAGCCAAAGACAGGAAAUACAGCCCUUCACUGGGCAUGUAGGAAUGGCUUGUUUGAUAUGGUGUGCCUCCUGUUGGAGAAUGGUGCCAAUGUUGACAGUAAGAACACCAACAAGAGCACUCCACUGUUCGCUGCCAUUGAGGGACUGCACAGGAGGAUUUGUCACUUGCUGAUUGAAUGGGGCUGUGAUGUCCAUUGUAAGAAUGUCAAAAAUCUUACGCCGUUUGAGAUGAUAAAAAAUGACGACUUCAAACACUACCUUAUAGAGUUAUAUGGACACUAUUCUGAUAUUGUCCCCAAGAUUAUGGAGGGAGACAAGGCACUCUUGGAUGAUGUCAUACACAAACAUGCAAUCAAGCAGAAGCAGUUCUGUAGCCUCCGUAGCAGGUGUAUCAAUGGCAGUACCCUACUACACACAGCUGCCUACUACGGUAAUGUGUCUGCUGUCCGGGAACUGAUUCAGUUGAGACUCAACGUCAAUAUCCGUGACUACAAGGGUGCCACUGCCCUCCAUCGUGCUCGGAACAAAGAAAUCUUGGAGGUGUUGUUGGAGUCUGGAGCCAGUGUUGAUGCCGAGGAUGGAGAGGCUAAUACUCCACUCCAUGUUAAGUGCUAUGGAGAGACUAAUGCUCCGUCAGAAAUACCGUCCAUAGAAGUGCUACUCGCCAGGAAUGCUAACCUUGCCAGAAGGAAUGUCAGGGGCCUUCUCCCGGUACACUGCUGUGCCAUGCAGGGCCGUGUGGAUUUAAUCCGCCUGAUGGUGCGGGCUGACACUGAGAACAACAUCUCUAAGGCCAUCUCUGGAGAGGACGAUAAGAAGCCCCCUAGUCUGUUACAUUUGGCCAUCGCCAAUGACUUCAUAGAGUGUGCCAAAUGGUUGUCCACCAAUGGUUUCUAUUUCAAGAAAAGGGAACAGGACAUCCUGUUACGGCGGAUCAUCACCGAACAAAUCUCACUUAAUGACAGAGAGGAAGCUGUGAGGUUCCUGUUGGAAAAUGAAGCUGACCCCAGUCCACGGUAUCCUGGUGGAAGCACAUGUCUGCAUUACGCUGCUGGCCUGACAGGAUCAUCGGAUGUCCUGGAGCUGUUACUGGACCAUGGAGCUGAGGUAGAUCCAGUCGAUGACAAUGGCUGCACGCCAUUGUUCUUCGCCACACAAGCCAACAACCAGUUUGCUGCCUGUGUCCUCAUAGAACAGAAUGCUAAUGUCAGACACAAAAAUAACCAGGGGUUGACUGCGUUUGAUUACAUCAUAGAUUUUGAGGAGUGGAUUGAAUGUGGCUAUUUCACAGACGAGAUAAAAGCUAGACUCAAGGCCUACAGUCUGAAGCAUGCUCGUGACCUAAUCAGGGCGAUAUCAAAGAAGGUGAAACCAAACCAGCUCCAUAGUUUUCAGGACAUGAGGAUGAGAUCUGGUCUGUCUACAAGGUCAUUCCAACCCACAACCAGCAACACAAUGACUAACUCUCACUUCUCCAGCCAGCUUCCUUCUAUCCGUCGGGAGUCAAUAUCUACUGGCUACAUCAAAAACUGACUGUGCUAAUAAGGUCUGAUUGCCAGAACUGACCAGUAGGUGGCAAUUUCAAAACUGACCACAAGUUGGUGAUAUCCAGAUUGAGAAUAAGCUUUUGAUUUCCAGAAGGGCUGACUACAGGUCAGUGAUUUCCAGAACUGACAGAAAGUAUUGAAUUUUCAACAAUUAUUUGUGUUGUUACACAUUUAAUCAAUUUUUUUUUUUUUUUUCCUGACCAACAACUUGCUGAAUUCAUGACUGACCUAAUUUGGCUCGGAAUUAAAUGGCCAAUUCAUAUAGAGAAACAAAACUCAGAAUUAAUGAACAGAGAUUUGUAUUGGUGUUCUAUACUGGUAAACAUUGUUGUUUUAAACUGAAAUCCUGUUGAUCUGGGAUAUUGUUCUUGUCCUGGCGAUAUGGGAUUCUGUUCCAUUUGAGAUUUUGUAUGAAAUAUACAGAGAAAAAUGUGAAUCAUGUUGUUCAGUAUAUUGUAUCGACAGAUCGACAUGUAUCUAAAUCAAACCAAAGACAGGGAAUGAUACAAUUGGUGUAUACCAUUUGUACAAACUUUAUCAUCUUCGUUAGCUGUGGCUUCUCCGCGUGGAGUGUAACACAAUCAGAAGCCUUGGCUAGUGAAGAUGAUACUUUAUUUGUAGAAAACUAUUGUUAAUAUGAUAGACUUAUACUUUAUUUGUAGAGGAAUAUUGUUAAGAUGUGCCAAUGUUUUAUAGAAUUAAUAUAGUCUGUUUUUGUUGAUAUUUUUUGCUAGAAUUUCUUUAUUUUCAUUCACAGUAUUAAAGGGCAUGUGAUGUUUUUGUGAAUUACUUAAUAUAUAAUAUAGAUAUAAAUUUUAGACAGUUUAUACAUUUAAUUACUUAUUUGAUGUCUGUACAAAUGUAUACUGUUACAAUUACUAUCAUAAUCCAGAAAUUAUUGGGACCAGUGUUUGGUAUUUUGUCUUUUUUAAUACAAGUACAUUGUAGAUACAUGUAUAUGUAAUUACUGUGUGUAAUUGGUGUUUUUGGCUCUUUAUUUUUUAAACUUGUAUAUGUUUACUUGAUUUAAUACCUGGUAUAUACAGAUAUAUGAUUGAGUCCAUUCAGCAUGGAGGUAGAAUUGAUUCCUGCCGGUCAGUGUUGUAAACUGACUUGUAGGUUAUUAUGGGUUAUAUUUUUGCUGUCUUCAGUAUAUCAUGCUUUCUUUUAUGAAAUGUGCUGAAAUUUAUUUACUUGUAAAAUAUGUAUAUUUUAUUAGGUAAAUCAGAAACACAAGUAAACAAGUGUACAUGUGUACUAUACAUGUAAAAUACAAACUGGAAUUACAUGAGUUUGAAUAGUACUGUAUUUGAUAUGUAGAAUUAAGACAUGUAAAACAUGUUCGAUUAGAGUAGGUAAAUUAUAAUUACAGAUUAGGGAAAUUAUCAUUACAGGUAAGAUCAAAUAUAAUUACAGGUAAGAUCAAUUAUAAUUAUAGGUAAGAUCAAUUAUAAUUACAGGUAAGAUCAAUUAUAAUUACAGGUAAAACAACUUUAAACAGUUAGCAGUGUUCAACAGGUUAAUCAGAUAUGCUUUCAUAUUAUCAAUACAUAUACCCUAAUAUUUGAAUUUGUUGUGAAUUGAAUAUUAAACUGUAACUAUAGUGAAGUUAAAGUAUCAAUACCUACCCCAGUCCCUAGUUAAUACAGAGAUUUAUACUAGGAUAGUUAUAGGCAGUGUAAUACUUGUUGCCAAUAUUUUUUACAGGAGCAGCUAGAUAUCAUAGAGUAGAUUUUAUUUAUUUUUUCUCACCGUAUUGUAAUGUAUGAAAUAAUGUAAUAGCUAUACCAGUGCUCUGUACAGUGUUUUGGGGAAUAUGAUUCUGAAACCACCGUCCAGGAUUGUACAUAAAGAUUGAAAUACCCCAGCUCCUUUCAAAUCAAUGAUCCGUCCAACAUUAGUUUUAUUCCCUUAGAACCAUUGAUCUGUUCCAAUAUAAGAUUUAACAAUAAUAUCAUCUAUCCAUUUCUGUGAAGGUUUAGGCUGAAACCGUCAGAAAUAGACAUCAUUGAGUGGCAGGAAUGUAUGAUUAAUGUUUUGUUUAUUAACAUUUUUGUUGCAUCUUUUUUUAAAUUAUUUUUUUAUACUUGUUUUCUUAUCUGUAGUUUCACUUGUUAAACUUUACAUUUGAUUCAUCCAUUGUUUACAUUUGUUAUACCUUCUCACCAGUAUAUUGCUCGUUUUAUUCUGAUGCUGUUGUGAUGCAUUUGUUUACUGUUCAACAAUUAAGACCAGUACGACUAUCUGACAAGGAGCUCAAUUUAGAGGAUUAAUCAGUCAACUCUGUACCAUUUAUGAUAAUAAGCUCAUUGUGACUAUUGAUACAUGGAGCUUAAAUUUCAAAACCUUUAAUCAGUCUGUUGGAACUCUCUGAAGAUGACAAUACAGUUUCAUUCAUGACUAUGAUCUUAUAUAUAACAGUUAUAAUCUGUCAGCUGUGACUUACUUUGGGCUCAUGAAAAGGCAUGAUCAAUCAAUUGUGACUAUCUUUACACUCAUGAACAGGCAUGAUCAGUUAAAUGUGGCUAUGAGUUUAAUAUUGAACUGAUCAGUUAAAUAUGGCUAUGAGUUUGAUAUUGAACUGAUCAGUUAAAUAUGGCUAUGAGUUUGAUAUUGAACUGAUCAGUUAAAUAUGGCUAUGAGUUUGAUAUUGAACUGAUCAGUUAAAUGUGGCUAUGAGUUUGAUACUGAACUGAUCAGUUAAAUGUGGCUAUGAGUUUGAUAUUGAACUGAUCAGUUAAAUGUGACUAUGAGUUUAAUAUUGAACUGAUCAGUUAAAUAUGGCUAUGAGUUUGAUAUUGAACUGAUCAGUUAAAUGUGGCUAUGAGUUUGAUAUUGAACUGAUCAGUUAAAUAUGGCUAUGAGUUUGAUAUUGAACUGAUCAGUUAAAUAUGGCUAUGAGUUUGAUAUUGAACUGAUCAAUUAAAUAUGGCUAUGAGUUUGAUACUGAACUGAUCAGUUAAAUGUGGCUAUGAGUUUGAUAUUGAACUGAUCAGUUAAAUGUGGCUAUGAGUUAAAUAUUGAACUGAUCAGUUAAAUGUGGCUAUGAGUUAAAUAUUGAACUGAUCAGUUAAAUGUGGCUAUGAGUUUGAUACUGAACUGAUCAGUUAAAUGUGACUAUGAGUUUAAUAUUGAACUGAUCAGUUAAACGUGACUAUGAGUUUGAUAUUGAACUGAUCAGUUAAAUGUGACUCGAGUUUAAUAUUGAACUGAUCAGUUAAAUGUGACUAUGAGUUUGAUACUGAACUGAUCAGUUAAAUGUGACUGAGUUUAAUAUUGAACUGAUCAGUUAAAUGUGGCUAUGAGUUUGAUAUUGAACUGAUCAGUUAAAUGUGACUAUGAGUUUAAUAUUGAACUGAUCAGUUAAAUGUGACUCGAGUUUAAUAUUGAACUGAUCAGUUAAAUAUGGCUAUGAGUUUAAUAUUGAACUGAUCAGUUAAAUGUGACUCGAGUUUAAUAUUGAACUGAUCAGUUAAAUAUGGCUAUGAGUUUGAUAUUGAACUGAUCAGUUAAAUGUGGCUAUGAGUUUAAUAUUGAACUGAUCAGUUAAAUGUGGCUAUGAGCUUGAUACUGAACUGACCAGUUAAAUAUGGCUAUGAGUUUGAUAUUGAACUGAUCAGUUAAAUCGGACUAUGAGCUUGAUAUUGAACUGAUCAGUUAACUGUGAGCUGUGAGUAUCUGUAACCUCACAGUGUAACUUAUAAAUAUUCCCCUUACUGGGACGUAUGAGCUCAUUAUCAAACAGUAUAAUAACUAAUCAACUGUAACAAUCUCCAACUAACAUACAACAUUUUAUUUUACCCCAACUUGUAACUCAUUUGUAUUGUUGCCCAUGUUGUAUGUGUCUUGUAUUUUUUUAUUCACUUAGUAAGCUUAGCCCUUGGAAUUUAAUGCUUAUCUAGAAUAUGCAUUUGCAUGUAAACAUUCUUUUCCAUUAAAUUUAAAGUUUUCAUUUUAGUGAAUUCAGAAUCAUUUUCGUAGUUUUUAUAACUCAGUAGCUUUAUUAAUCUAACAUAAUUAUCGUGGUAUAAAUUCUUGGUAUGUGCAAUUAUAUACAAGUAGCUUUUAUUAAGAACUACUGUAACAUUUCUUAAACAAAGAAUAUGAAAUAAUGUAAUAAUAGAUUAGUGUGUAGCCAGUCUAUAGGUUAUUGAUUUGACUGCUGGUGUCUUGAAUCAAUUACAUUAUAACAUUGGUCAAUUUACACCUGUUAUAUAUGGGUGUAUUGACACCUGUUAUAUAUGGGUGUAUUGACACCUGUUAUAUAUGGGUGU